CGCGAGAUCUCGCGCGUUACGCAGGCGCACUGCUCCUGCUUAGACGCUGUCACCGGCGCUUUCUUCCACACUGGCGCGCAGUAUAACGGGGGUCCUCCUGAAACACCGUCACCCUACUCUUGUGACUUAUGUGACCAAGGUCUGAAGUAACCGAAACGUCAAGAUUCAGAGUCACAAAAUAGGCAAGCUGGAAUCAAACAUCAGCUUGUGGACGGGCCAACAGAGGAAAUUAGUGCCCCUGCCACCCCAAGCUCUGCUGCAGAGCCUGCUGGUACACAGGGCCCAACGUGAGGACUUAAACAGGAAAUGUCCACCAAGGAGAACAAAUCAAAACUUAUAAACCAAAUGACAAAAACCCCUCAAAAGCAAAAUGUCAGAAACCAAAGACCUACCAGCAAAGCAGAUGCCGAAAUGCUUAUUCAUUCCAAGGUGAAAGAGCUGAUGAACAAGAAAGUUAGGUCUCCCUUACUAAAAGAAAUUGUGGCCCAUGCCAACAUCUUCUCAAUCCUAAGUGACGCAGGCGAUGCCUUGCCAGAAGAUUUUGAGGAAGACUCUUUCAAUCCUCCUUUGCACAGUACUGCAGUUUAUAGUGGUGAAGAUGAGCUCCUGCAGUCCAAUGAGAAUCGUGUCGAAAUCCCAGCAAAGCACGCGUCUCCUGUUCCACCUGAAGUCCAGGAAAAAAGUAUGAGACCAAACCAGGAGCAAUUAAAGAGGAAAAGUGCAGCCAAUGCAGAACACAGUGAUCGUAGACCUGACACUGCCAAACAGAAGAGGACUCCACAAAAGAAAGCAGUACAUGUACCAGAACCAGGUCCUUCUAAGAGGCUUGGGACUCCCAAAAAUGUGCGUGAUGGAGCGCAUUCAUCAAAACAAGCUCCAAAUAGUACACCAAAUAGAAGUUUGGUGUCUGCCAAGAAGACAAAGACUCAAAGGAAAGAACCGAAUUCCUCUAGUAAAAAGAUAUCAACAAAAGGUGAGAUGGAGAAAGCCCUAGUAGACAUCUGGAGCCCAGAAAAUAUGCCAAAGUCUGUCAGAAAUGUGAAUGAGCUAGAUGUUGUGCUCUUUGAAAGUGGAAAACUUAUCGAGUUGUACAGAGAAAAUGUUGAAACAGAUGUCUGCAAAAGAGCAAUUGAUGUGUUUUUCCAUAGAUUUAAAGAACAGCUCUCUACAACAAUUUUGGACCUACGAAAGCUGAAAGAUCUUAAAAGGAAAAAUGCAAAGAUGCAGUCAGAAAUUGGAAGAAAAAGGAAACGUUUACUUGAAGUGAAAGAUGAAAUCAUAAUGAGACAACCUAUAUUGUAUCAACUACAAAAGGAUUGUUCAGAGCUGGAGCAAAAGCAAGAAUCGCUGAAGAGCGCAAGAGCUUUCUAUGACAAUCUUGCACAUCUACAGGCCGAUUACAUGACAUUCAAAGCUGAAAACCCCCGCAUUAAGGAAACGUAUGGAACGUCCAGUCUCCCAGCAAUAUGCCUCGAAGCAGAAAAUAUUAUGAAAGCUGAGCAACAUUUUCAUAUAGUGAACAAGAAGCUGCAAUCCUUUAUUGAUAAAGAGAAUGGACACGGCUAGGUGGCUUUUGCUCCUCUCCAGGAUGGAUCCCGAGUUUAGCCUUGUUUUGCAUAGAUGUUCUCCUUAUGCUUCUGGGUAAUACAUAUCUAAAAUGUACCCUGCACUACCUGUUGUGCAAGGUAGGUAGGUAGAUUGUCAGGCUGCUGGUAUUAGAUCUAAUAUAACAGACUUGCAGAUAUAAAUCUUAAUAGAAUGUUGUACCAGCAGAAGUAACCUGUCUCUCAGAACUGCAUAAAAUAGCAUCAUCUUUACAUUUGGGACCCUGUAAUCCACACAUUCUCAAAUUUAAAGGCACAGACGUUGUAUUAGAAUAUUAAGCCAUAUUAGAAUUCAUCAUUACAUAAGAACAUUACUUUUUUCAGGUGCAUGUAUACUACAUACUGUUAUAUACAAGUGAACUUAAUGUUUUUUGCUAUUGCUAAUAAGGACAGAAUGGUGGUUGCCUUUUAUCUUGGUGAAAAUGUAUCUUCAAAUAAAAAUCCACUUUUUAGAGACUAAACAUGUUAAAUGAAUAAAACCACAGCAUCUGCUAA